AUGGCACCGACGCCAAAGCCAUCACCGGGCGCCUCGGCAAGAGGGACCGCACCGCCAGUGCCGCGCAGCUCGCGCCCCUCGGGCUCCAAGAGCACCGUCGAGCUCGUCACUUCGCUCGUGACCGGACUGUUCAGCGACCCGGUGGGCACUGUCCGCGCGCUGCUCUUCGACCGCGCGUACUUCUGGAUCUUGGCUGCCGGUCUCUUGGCUUUCCAGUUUGCCAUCGGCCUCGUCAUCAUCUGGAAGAUUCCAUACACAAAGAUCGACUGGGACGCGUACAUGCAGCAGGUGGAUGGCUUCCUCACCGGCGAGAGGGACUACUCCAAGCUUGAGGGGGAGACAGGACCACUAGUUUACCCCGCUCUCCACCUGUACAUCUACACGGCGCUGUACAAGCUGCUGCCUGCGGCAGGCCGCGAGCGUCCAGCGCAGUUCAUCUUCCUCGUCGUCGAGUCCGUGACACUGGUCCUCGUUUCAACCAUCUACUUCCUCGCGGGACGGAGCAAGCACAUCCCACAAUGGAUCCUCAUCCCGCUCGUCUUCUCCAAGCGCUCGCACUCGAUCUACCUGCUGCGCCUCUUCAACGACCCGUUCGCAAUGCUCAUCUUCUACGCGUCGGUCGUGCUCUUCCAGACCGGGUGGUGGAAGGUGGCAUCGCUGGUGUACUCCCUUGCACUCGGCGUCAAGAUGAACAUCCUGCUCACGCUCCCCGGCCUCCUGGUCAUCCUGUUCCAGAAUCGGGGCGCCUUCGGCACCGUCGACUCGGUGGUCCUCAUCGCCAUCACGCAGGUCGCCCUCCCAGGCUUCUACUUCCUCGACACGGCCGCUGACGCACGGGCCUACUUUACCUCGGCGUUUGACUUCUCCCGCGAGUUCAUGUACAAGUGGACUGUCAACUGGCGGUUCGUGAGCGAAGAGACCUUCCUGUCCAAGGGCUUCGCGCGCGGCCUUCUCAUCGCACACGUCGUUACGCUCAUCGCGUUCGGGUGGUUCAGGUGGAACCCGGUCCCGGGUGGGUCGGCUGCCGUGCUCAAGCGUGGACUGUCGAGUGUCAAGGCGUCGUUCCGGCCAGCUGUACCUCUCGGCCAGCUUCCAAGCUCGCACAUUCCCCUCGUCCUCUUCACGUCCAACCUCAUCGGCAUGACCUUCGCUCGCAGCCUGCACUACCAGUUCCACGCGUGGUACUUCCACCAGCUGCCACUGCUGCUCUACCUCGGCGGCGGCUGGGGCGAGCCUGUUCUCAUCCUCGGCUUCAUUGCCCUCCUGGAAAAGGCGUGGCUUACGUACCCGUCCACCCCGCGCAGCUCGCUGGCCAUGUUAGCGGUCCACCUCGUCAUCCUCGCCGGACUAUGGUUCAAGGGACCUCGCCCGCCCGUCGUGGCGCCACUUGCCAAGCGAAAGUAG